UUCAAUAACAGGAUAUUUGCAGAUUCUCAAAUGUGUUUGUAAUAACGACAUUCUCAAUUUGCAGGUUGGAGGAAAAUAAAAUUCUAAAGCAGGUUGGAGGAAAAUGAAAUUCCCAACUGUUCUUAAUGUCCAUGCAAAAUAGGGCGAUUGCAGUCCAUCGAGACAUUGAUACAAGCCUAACACGCUGUGGGACGGGCAGUCUAUUAAGACCAUCCAUCUGGUGUUUCUCGUCUGUGCAUGCACUAACAUUGAAAAUCAUAUCCAACGUUUAAUCCUCUCAUAGAUUGGUCACUUUGUAUCCAGAAGGUGGUGGAAAAUAUAAAGAUCAUGUAAGAAAUGCUUCGCCAGCUCACACCAAUGCAAGUUCCAAUAUCCAACGCCCAAGUUGGCCCAACACAAUAACCCCAGCAAUUAAGGUUCAUACAGACUUUCGAUAUCCUCCCAAUAGAGACAUCCAACCUGCACAACCAUCUGCCUUUGGGUAUUUCUUCCAAUAUCAUCCCACGAACGAGAGUCAGUUCCAUCAUUUUACCCUCUGGACUUUAAAUAGUUGGCCUCUAUAAACAGAGAGACAUUUAACAUAGAAGUAAAGAGAAAGAAAGCUUUGAACUGAAUUUCUUUCUUGCGAGAGAAAAAAAAAGUGAGGAAAGAUGGUCGCUGUUGAGGCUGUUGUUUUGCAACUUCUCGUAAAACUCGCUGAUCCCCUCAUUAAGGAAGUCAUUUCCUUAUAUGAGGUUGACGACAAAGUCGAAUUGAUUGUCACACAAUUUACGCAGAUGCAAUGCUUCUUGAAAGACGCAGACGACAAACAAGAAGGAGAUGAAAGAGUGAAGAACUGGGUGCUGAACGUGACAGAUGCUGCCUAUGUUGCUGAGGACCUCAUCGACACCUUUAUCUUCAAGGUAGCACCCUUGAAGCGAACAGGAUUUGUGGGCUGCAUUACAAGGUACGCUUGCAUCUUCUGUGAGUUGAAAGCUCGCUAUAAGUUGAGCUCGGAGAUCGAACGGAUAAACAAUAAGAUCCGUGUUAUCUCCGAAAGUAGGUCGACUUUUGGAAUUCAAAAUAUAGGCCAGGAAGCAGGGACAAGCUCCGCUGGUCCAAGCCUCCAAGAAUGGAGGCUCACUUCUCCUCUUGAUCAAGAACCAGAUUUUGUUGGUUUUGAGAAAGAAUUGGAGUUCUUGGUGGAGCGACUGACUAAGGGGGAGUCACGCCGUUGUGUUGUUUCUGUAGUUGGAAUGGGUGGUCUCGGUAAGACCACUCUUACCAAGAAAGUUUAUAACGACACUCGUGUUAAAGCACGUUUUCACUUUCGCGCAUGGAUUUGUCUAUCGCAAGAGUAUGAUGUGAAAGAUAUUCUUAAGAAGAUCAUAGAUUGCUGCAUGGUGCUCUCAGAAGAGGAGUCCAAGAAAGUGGAGAAAAUGGAUGUCUUCGAGCUGAGGCAUAAAAUUUCAGAAUAUUUGAAAGGGAAGAUAUACCUGGUGGUAGUAGAUGAUAUAUGGACGAACGAAGCAUGGGAUGCUAUCAAGGGUGCUUUCCCCCUAAAUGAUACUCUCCCUGAUGUGGAAAAUGGAAGUAGGGUCAUGAUCACCACACGCAACAAAGUUGUAGCUUUACAUGCAGAUGCACAAAGCCUGCCGUAUGAGUUGCUAACUUUAGGAAAAGAUGAGAGCUGGAAUUUGUUUUGCAGGAAAGCAUUCCCAGGACAAGGUAAUGUUUGCCCUGAGAAUUUGGAGCAGUUUGGAAGAAAGAUUGUGGAAGAGUGCUGUGGUCUACCUCUUGCGAUCGUAGUCAUCGGAGGGCUCUUAUCAACGAAAGAAGAAUGGGAGUGGGAGAAUGUAAGGGAGAGUAUUACCUGGCAAAUCAACGAGGGACAAGACAAAAUCUCUAAAAUAUUAUCUUUGAGUUUUAGAGAUCUGCCCUAUCAGUUGAAACCAUGUUUUCUCUACUUGGGAAUUUUUCCCGAAGACUAUGAGUUCCGUGCUAAGAAACUGAUUCAAUUGUGGGCCGCAGAAGGGUUUCUGCAACAGAGAGGGAAUGAAACAGCAGAGAAGGUAGGACAAGAUUUUCUAAAUGAGUUGAUUCAACGAAGUAUAAUUCAACUUGCUAAAAGAAGUUCAAACGGGGGUAUUAAAAGUUGCCGUAUUCACGAUCUUCUGCGAGAUCUCUCCAUAUCAAAAGCCAAGGAAGGUAUGUUUCUCCAAGUUCACCAUGGGAAUUCAAACACUCUAGCCUCUAGAGCCCGCCGACUUGUAAUUCACCAUAAUGCCUUCCGUGAGUCCACUUCCCUAAGUUCUUCUACUCCACACUUUCGAUCUGUGUUAAUCCAUAUGCAAGGUAAUGAUAAACUCAGAAGUAAACAAGUGAAGCUUCUUUACAAAGGCUUUAAAUUGCUCAGGGUAUUAGAUCUCCACAAUGUAAAAAUACAUGAGCUAUCGAGUGAGAUAGGUGCACUGAUUCACUUGAAAUACCUCGGGUGUACCAAUACUUAUUUGUCAAGUCUCCCAUCAUCGAUAGGCAAACUUCUCAAUUUACAAACACUAGUUGUAACAUCUUAUGGCAACGUCAACAUACCCCGCCAAAUUGAGAAGAUGGAACAGUUAAGACAUUUCCAAGUUAUGCACCCAAGUGGAGGGGGUUAUUACGGUAGUUGGGGUGUUAUACAAGGUCGUCCACGGCUCAACCAGAUGUGUAACCUCCAUACUCUAACAAGGGUAAAGGCUGGCGAAUGGAUGCACGGUUGCCUGGAAAGUCUUACGCAUCUUAGAAAAUUAGGAAUACGUUUAGAUUAUGGAAUGUCCCACGUGUAUGGUGCGGUAUUGUUCGAAUCCAUUCGCAAAUUGAAAUGCCUCCAGUCUCUUUUGGUAACGACAGAACUAGGUUACUUGGACUUUCCAAAGUCGUCGGUGCGCCCUCUUUCAUCUCUUCCCACGUUACGUAAGUUGGUUUUGGAAGGAAUGUUACCACACUUACCCGAGCCUAGUGAAUUCCUAACAAACCUCACCAAGCUUACCUUGAGACGGUCCAAUUUAGUGCAAGAUCCACUGGCGACGUUGGAGAAGCUGGAAAACCUUCGCGUUCUCAGAUUGCUGGAAGACUCGUACGGGGGAGUGGAGCUGGCUUGUACUUCAAAAGGGUUUCCUCGACUCGAAUCCUUACAUCUUGAAGAGUUACGAACGUUAACGUGGUGGACAGUGGAGGAAGGAGCUCUGCCAAGUCUUUUACAUCUACAGAUCAAUUCGUGCCAUCAGUUGACGAUGCUUCCGGAAGGACUGCAGCACGUGACUACCCUCAAGAAACUGGAGUUGCUGAACGUGCUUCCUGCAUUCAAUGAAAGGCUUCGAGAAGACGAGGGAGAGGAUUGGAAUAAGAUUCGUCACAUACUCUCCAUUGACAUACGCUAACGACAAAGAUAAGGUGACAUUGGAUUCGGUCAUCUGAUCUCGAACUCCUUGGAGGUCUAAAUUGAUUGCAUUGUGGAAUAUGCAUACAUUAUUCAAAGAAAGGUAUGAGAAGACGAGGGAGAGGUUUGACAUGCGAUUCAUCACCUACUCUCCAUCAACAUAUGCUAUAGGGUGACAUUCAAAGCAAUCUCUCUUUAUCUCCUUGCAAGAUAAAUUGUUAAGGGAAUUAAAGGAGUGGAGAGUGGAGGAAGGGGCUAUGCCGAGUCUUUUACUUUUACAGAUCUAUUACUGCUGUCUAUUGAACUUGCUUCCAGAAGGACUGCAGUACGUGACUACCCUAAAAAAACUGGAGCUAUGGGGCAUGGUUUCAGACUUCAAGGAAAGGCUCCAAGAAAAGGAGGGAGAGGAUUGGCAUAAGAUUCGAAACAUACCCUCCAUCGACAUAACCUAUCAAAGCAUUUGCACUUCCUCUCCUUGCUAGAGCUACAUUGGAGAAGCUACUUGGCAUGCGGGAGGCGAUUGGACGUCACAUAGAGAACGGUCAUGAAGGAAAAUUUAUUUCCCUUUUAUGGUUUCUCCGUUGGCUUCCUUUUUUCUUUUUUCUUUUUUCUAUUGAUUCCUCAUGUAUGAAUGGUGUGAGAUAUUUGGAUGAUGUUUUCAAACUGUAUCAAGACGGGGUGUGUGUUUUAUUUUUAUUUGUUUGGUUUGGUAACUAAUCCUGAAUACUUCAAUAUAAUAAGUUAUUUCUCUAAUGCUUGAGAUGUAAUUUUGUCAAUAUUUGGAUGUAAUAUCCUUUUUCAAAGCACUACUAGUUAUUCAGAGUGUAGGCUCAGGAGGAGGUCCACAAUGCUUCACCGAGGAGUUUACAUGGGUGCAUGAUAAAGCUGCUAUACUAAUCUUCAAUACUUCAAUACUUGGGAGGAGGUCUACAAUGCUUCAUCGGGGAGUUUAUAUGGGUGCAUGAUCAAAGAUGUUCAUGGCCACAAUCUAGCUUUCCCAAUGCAAAACUCAGACUGGACUUUCGGGUGGGCUCCACAAUAACAUUGGGCCUCACCUAUCAUUUCGCCUAAUUGGCAAACGGAAAAUAGGAGAAAAAAGAAUAGAAGAAACUGGAGGAGAGGGAACUGCUUCAGGCGUCGAGACGGAGGAACAUCUAAAUUUCGCUGAAGUCAGGGACCCACAACUGCCCCACAUAAGCGUCAAUUGGAGAAAUUCAGACAACUGGUUGGCCCUGCUGCAUAGCUGACAGCCACAUGCCUACAUGCCGCUGGCUGCAAAGCAUUAUCCCACCUCAAUCUUCAGCCUGAACCAAACUGCCAUCAACCAUCAGCCUUGCAGCACACACCCAGUCAAGCAUCAGUCCUGCUAGAAUACUGUUAUAGCCAGUCAUCCACAGCAAUGGCGUCUCAGACAGACAGUCCUGCAGUCCCACUGGGAUAGGCCUGAAAACAGGGUCAUUAUAAUAGUAGCCGGUUUGUAUCCGGCCAUAUCCCAAGCUUAAAAUUUGGUUCAUGUUAGUAAUGCUUUAACCAAAUCUAAAUAGGAGUUCCUUGCCAUCCAGUAUAUAUGACAUUAUUUUCAUAAAUAAUUUAUGUAUUUUUUUCCUAUUCAUCUUUUGUAGGACAGUGAUUGACAGAUUAGGAGCUUUAUUCAUAAAGAUGUUUGGAGCAUCUUCCAUCUGUAGUACAGCCUAUCAAAUAUUAAUCUGGAUCUCCCAACUACACCCCGGCCCACUUGCACUGAAUGCUGGCAGAAGGAUACUUCAACCAAACAGAUAAGAACUUAUACUUCCUCCUAUUUUAUCGUUGACUAGUUUCUAUAUAUGUCAACAAUCAAGGCUUCUCAUCAGGUACAGCCUGGUGUAUAACUACCCAGGCACAAAGAACAGGCUACUCUGAUAAUGUGAUGGACCAUUCAUGCAAAUGUAAUGUGGGCCGUCAAUUUCUUCUGUCUACCUCUAGGCCAACUGAUUUGUUGUCGCGGCCCGUUUCGUGGACCAUCCAUGCACAUAAUUGGUGAGCUUUACUAGCUUCCCUGGACAUUUGAUGUAUAUUUUUUAACCCUCUAUUCGUAGGAUAUUGAUCGAGGAAUUAGGAGCUUCAAUCUGUAGGAAUUUUGGAGCAUCUUCCAUCCAAGAGAGGGCCUAUCAGACCAAUAUUUUGGAUCUUCCAACUGCAGCCCCAGCUGUACAGACUGUUUUAUUCUUAAUGCUCUUUAUCUCACAUGAUAGACUGUGACAACACACCCAUGUGAAGCAUCUCAACAGAUAAGGAAGAUGGUGGCAUGGGAAUCGAUUACCUUUCUGUGGUUAACUUCUUUCCUCACUUCCUCUUGUAAUGAAGGGUGGCUCAAGAGAAAUACAGUCUGGUCAGGUGAUUGUACGGAGAAUUAAGGAUAAUCUUAUCCUCUCAGCUAUGAACUUACAAAGCUUUCAAAAGCCUUUAACUGACAUCUCCAUGCAGCACAUGGAGUGAGAUUUUGUGGUCCAAGCCAAUGUCUCUUGGAAAUGUUCCUAGAUGGUCUGAUCAAGAGGCUGGCCAGUAGCUCUUCAAAUUCAACAGUGAUUGGUGCAUGAGGAUUUGGAUGACAUUCGUAAUUGUAGCAUGAGGAUGUAUUUGUGUAUGCUUUCCAAACAAUCUUUUGAUAUGUUACGUGGUGCCAUUGUAGGAUAUGAUAUAUUCAUUAGUUUUCACAAGCGUUUUGUGUAAUGUUUGAUUGUAAUAGUGAAUGCAUGUUUUCACAAAAUAUUCUUACUGAGAAUUGAAAUAGAAGCAAAUUUUAUUUUUAUUUUUACAGA